AUGUCUGUCUCCAUCAAGCUUACUCUGUCCAGAUGUGAAGUGGAUGUGAAGGGCAAGCUUGUGGUCAUGCGGGUUGACUUCAACGUUCCAAUGAAGGACAACAAAAUAACCAGCAACCAAAGAAUCAAGGCAGCUGUCCUAAGCAUUAAGCAUUGCUUGGACGAUGGAGCCAAGUCUGUGGUGCUGAUGAGCCACCUGGGUCAGCCUGGUGGGGUUCCUAUGCCUGACAAAUACUCCCUGAAACCAGUAGCAGCAGAGCUCAGAGCUUUGCUAAGCAGGGAUGUCACAUUCCUGAAUGAGUGUGUGGGUAUAGAUGUGGAAGCUGCUUGA